AUGUUGACGACACGAAAGAAGAUCCUUGAUAGCGUCCCCCGCUAUCGAGCCGUCCUGCAAGACGAGCCCGAGUUUUUUUCGGUUGGGCACGACGUUGGGAUCCCCUUCGUACUCACUGAUCAUAUGGGAGGUGAGAAGGAUGUAGCCGUUCUCGCCUGUGGCAUCGGGGACGCAAGGCUCCUCUAUGCCACCAUCGUCUUCGCGGGCAUUGUGGCGCCCAAGACCAAGAAGUUGCACUUCACGCUCGUGGACGUGAAGCCCAUCGUCUUUGCUCGGGAUCUGGUCGUCUUCCACAUGCUGGCGGCAAUGCAGACCCAGGAAGAUGAGAAGAAACAGGAAACAAGCUGGGCCAUAGCCUACGUGUUUGCCGGUCAGGUCAUGCCGCCCUGGGCUUCUGACAUCCUCCAUGAGAGCAUUUCGGCUCUCAUCACCGCCUUAGAAGAUACAUCCAGCAACGUUAUGGACCUCUUCUAUAUUUCUGAACCUGCCCGCAACAAAAUCAUCCACGUCCUGAAGCAGUGGCGUGAGCCUCCUGUGGAGACCUACACUACCGCUGCCAUCAGACAAAUGAUUGUAGAGCAGUCGGAUGCCCAGGGUGAAGCCUUCGCCAAGGCUGAGGAUGAACCACCCAGUCCCAAGACUCCUCCCGGCUGCCUAAGUACAGACAGUGACGCGCGACUCUUCAACGACAUUCAUGUCACUCUGCCCUCGGUGCCUCUUCUUGAGAGGCAUGAGCCUGAGCUCCUCCUCCUUUCUAGAGCGUAUAAUGAGAGUAACAGUCCCUCUGACCGAAAGGCACUGGACGACUAUAUCAACUCCACCUGGAAGCCUAAUGUCACCGUCGUCGAUUUCGAUUUCGAACUUAAAUCCGAGGCUCGCGGAACGAUGUCAGGGCAGCCUUUCUUCAACUGGUCCCCUUGUGACGUUGCUUUGCAUCUUUUCAUGAUCCUACCACACCAGCUUUUCUUCUCCAAUCCCGGCGUGUUUGAACACAUCUCCGCCUUCUUUCGCUUGGUCUCGUCCAGACUCAAGCAACUCCGCGACCAGAUUGUCAUCGAAAUGGUUACGGGCGAGAUGAAUGACACAUUUGAACGUCUGCGAUACGGGCUCCUCCGGUUUGGGCAAAAGGCUAUUGGAAACCUGGACCCGAUCAAGUUCCCAAGCAGAUUCGACAAGAUCGAUAUGAGCAACAUCCCUGACUACGUCGGUGGCUCCUUCACGUCUUUCAUCCACGGCAUACCACUCCUCCGAGAGAAUCACCGAUCCCUCAUGAGGUCCUACGUACUUCGAAACCUUCAUGCCUGGGACUCCCACGAUAUAUUUCUAGCGGAGUAUCUUGCCCUCGGCGAACGCGAGGUGAUCAAGUCCCAUUUCCGGACAUCUCUUACGGAUGUCUCUGUGCGCCAUGAACUUGCCAACGCAGGCAAGACCUCACCCAAUGGAAGUACAGCCAUGGGCACCGCAUUGGAGUGGCAGCGCACCGUGCCACUCUCAUCGCAUAUGCCCGUCGCAGACCGCAUGUCACGGCGCAGACUCAACAGGUGGCUCCAUUCUCACUUCCUCAAGCUCUGCCUGCCGGCUUUCCGCUACCGACCCUCGAGCUUGGGUGUGAGCGCCCCUCUGAACCUGACGUCCUUCCUCCAUCUCGUCGCCCACGUCACCUCACUCGGCUAUCCUCACGCGUGGAUCUCUCACGUUCUGCGUGAGCUGUGCACCGGCUUGUUGACUCGGACUCAAGCCGCCCCUCCCGUCGACGAGAUUACGGACGAUGGCCUGGCCGAGUGUACAUUUGACCCUGUAAAGUUCUCCGUCGCUCCUUUUGCGGCAGAGUUUCGAACCCUCGUCGCAAUCUGGGAGCCGCUGCUUGACGUGCAACUGGACUGGAAUACUACCGUCGCCGGCAAGAAGCUCCUCCCGGAGGGCAAGGCCAUUCGAAAGUUCACCAUUCGCUUCCCCAAGGAACCUAUCAAGACUAAAGGCUUGCUGGAAGUCGCCUGCUUCUCUCUCGUUUUGAAGAAGAAGUCGUUCAAGGCUCCGGCCCGCACCCUCAGAGCUUUCCUGGACGACCGGAUGGAACAAGGUCCUAAGCUCCCCGAUGCCAAUCGUAUCCGAAGAGAGCCUUACGUACACAUGAUCUCGGCAUGCAAGUUCACGCCUGAGACGUACGAGGUGGAGUUUUGGCUCGACGAGAGAGAGGUGGACUGCCUUGUCGCCGAGACUGGCUGGGAGGCGUGGAUCUGGCGCACUGAUGUGUGGGACUCGGUCAUGGGUCCUGUUUCUCUUGACAGCUAUGGUGACUUGGUCAAGGGCGAAGCUUGGUCCGAGUCGACCUGA